CGGCGCCGGCUCCGCGAGCCCAGCGGCGCGUACAGCCUGCGGCCGCGCCGACGAUGCGGGGCCGCCCCGCGCCCGCCCCAGUCCCGGCCCCGGCCCCCGCGGGAAGUGGCUGAGCCACCGCCGCCCGGAUGGCGAGCCUCGCCGCGCUCGCCCUCAGCCUGCUCCUGCGGUUGCAGCUGCCGCCGCUACCCGGCGCCCGGGCGCAGAGCGCCGCAGGUGGCUGUUCCUUUGAUGACCACUACAGCAACUGUGGUUACAGCGUGGCCCUGGGGACCAAUGGGUUUACCUGGGAGCAGAUUAACACGUGGGAGAAACCAAUGUUGGACCCAGCGGUGCCUACAGGAUCCUUCAUGAUGGUGAACAGCUCUGGGAGGGCCUCUGGCCAGAAGGCGCACCUUCUCCUGCCGACCCUGAAGGAGAAUGACACCCACUGCAUCGAUUUCCAUUACUACUUCUCCAGCCGCGACAGGUCCAGCCCGGGGGCCUUGAAUGUCUAUGUGAAGGUGAACGGUGGGCCCCAGGGGAACCCUGUCUGGAACGUGUCUGGGGUCGUCACUGAGGGCUGGGUGAAGACAGAGCUUGCCAUCAGCACCUUCUGGCCACAUUUCUACCAGGUGAUAUUUGAAUCCGUCUCUCUGAAGGGUCAUCCUGGCUACAUCGCUGUGGACGAGGUCCGGGUCCUUGCCCAUCCAUGCAGAAAAGCACCCCAUUUUCUGCGGCUCCAAAAUGUCGAGGUGAACGUGGGGCAGAAUGCCACCUUUCAGUGCAUUGCUGGUGGAAAGUGGUCUCAGCAUGACAAACUUUGGCUCCAGCAAUGGAAUGGCAGGGACACGGCCCUCAUGGUCACCCGCGUGGUCAACCACAGGCGCUUCUCGGCGACAGUCAGUGUGGCGGACACUACCCAGCGGAGUGUGAGCAAGUACCGCUGUGUGAUCCGCUCUGAUGGUGGCUCUGGUGUGUCCAACUACGCUGAGCUGAUUGUGAAAGAGCCUCCCACACCCAUCGCCCCCCCAGAGCUGCUGGCCGUGGGGGCCACAUACUUGUGGAUCAAGCCGAAUGCCAACUCCAUCAUUGGAGACGGCCCCAUCAUCCUGAAGGAGGUGGAGUACCGCACCACCACCGGCACCUGGGCAGAGACCCACAUCGUCGACUCUCCCAACUAUAAGCUGUGGCACCUGGACCCCGAUGUGGAGUAUGAGAUCCGGGUACUGCUCACGCGACCAGGGGAAGGGGGCACGGGACCACCAGGGCCUCCCCUCACCACCAGAACCAAGUGUGCAGACCCGGUGCACGGCCCGCAAAACGUGGAGAUCGUGGACAUCCGAGCCCGGCAGCUGACGCUGCAGUGGGAGCCCUUCGGCUACGCGGUGACCCGCUGCCACAGCUACAACCUCACGGUGCAGUACCAGUAUGUGUUCAACCAGCAGCAGUACGAGGCCGAAGAGCUCAUUCAGACCUCCUCCCACUACACCCUGCGGGGCCUGCGCCCCUUCAUGACCAUCCGGCUGCGGCUGCUGCUGUCCAACCCCGAGGGCCGGAUGGAGAGUGAGCAGCUGGUGGUGCAGACGGAGGAGGAUGUUCCAGGAGCUGUUCCUCUAGAGUCCAUCCAAGGGGGUCCCUUUGAGGAGAAGAUCUACAUCCAGUGGAAACCUCCCAAUGAGACCAACGGGGUCAUCACGCUGUAUGAGAUCAACUACAAGGCCGUGGGCUCAUUGGACCCGAGUGCCGACCUCUCCAGCCAGAGGGGCAAAGUGUUCAAGCUUCGGAAUGAAACCCACCACCUCUUUGUGGGUCUGUACCCCGGGACCACCUACUCCUUCACCAUCAAGGCCAGCACAGCAAAGGGCUUUGGGCCCCCUGUUACCACCAGGAUCGCCACCAAAAUUUCAGCUCCAUCGAUGCCUGAAUAUGACACAGACACCCCACUGAAUGAAACAGACACGACCAUCACAGUGAUGCUGAAGCCCGCUCAGUCUCGGGGAGCCCCUGUCAGUGUUUAUCAGCUGGUUGUCAAGGAGGAGCGACUUCAGAAGUCACGGAGGGCAGCUGACAUCAUUGAGUGCUUUUCGGUGCCGGUGAGCUAUAGGAAUGCCUCCAGCCUCGAUUCUCUACACUACUUUGCUGCUGAGUUGAAGCCUGCCAACCUGCCUGUCACCCAGCCAUUUACAGUGGGUGACAACAAGACAUACAAUGGCUACUGGAACCCACCUCUUUCCCCUCUGAAAAGCUACAGCAUCUACUUCCAGGCACUCAGCAAAGCAAAUGGAGAGACCAAAAUCAACUGUGUUCGUCUGGCUACGAAAGGUGCCUCCACUCAGAAUUCCAACACCGUGGAGCCCGAGAAGCAGGUGGACAACACUGUGAAGAUGGCCGGCGUGGUCGCCGGCCUCCUCAUGUUCAUCAUCAUUCUCCUGGGCGUGAUGCUCACCAUCAAAAGACGAAGAAAUGCUUAUUCCUACUCCUAUUACUUGAAGCUGGCCAAGAAGCAGAAGGAGACACAGAGUGGAGCACAGAGGGAGAUGGGGCCCGUGGCCUCGGCCGACAAACCCACCACCAAGCUCAGCACCGGCCGCAACGACGAAGGCUUCUCUAGCUCACAGGACGUUAAUGGAUUCACAGAUGGCAGCCGUGGGGAGCUGUCCCAGCCCACCCUCACGAUCCAGACUCACCCCUACCGGGCCUGUGACCCCGUGGAGAUGAGCUAUCCCCGGGACCAGUUCCAGCCCGCCAUCCGGGUGGCUGACCUGCUCCAGCACAUCACUCAGAUGAAGAGAGGCCAGGGCUACGGGUUCAAGGAGGAAUAUGAGGCCUUACCGGAGGGGCAGACAGCCUCGUGGGACACAGCCAAAGAGGAUGAAAACCGCAACAAGAAUCGAUACGGCAACAUCAUAUCCUAUGACCAUUCUCGAGUGAGGCUGCUGGUGCUGGAUGGAGACCCACACUCCGACUACAUCAACGCCAACUACAUUGAUGGGUACCAUCGGCCUCGGCACUACAUUGCUACUCAAGGUCCCAUGCAGGAGACCGUAAAGGACUUCUGGAGGAUGAUCUGGCAGGAGAACUCGGCCAGCAUCGUCAUGGUCACAAACCUCGUGGAAGUGGGCAGGGUGAAGUGUGUGCGAUACUGGCCGGAUGACAUGGAGGUCUACGGAGACAUUAAAGUCACCCUGAUCGAAACAGAGCCCCUGGCGGAGUAUAUCAUCCGCACCUUCACAGUCCAGAAGAAAGGCUACCAUGAGAUCCGGGAGCUCCGCCUCUUCCACUUCACCAGCUGGCCCGACCACGGCGUCCCCUGCUAUGCCACCGGCCUCCUCGGCUUUGUCCGCCAGGUCAAGUUCCUCAAUCCCCCAGAAGCUGGGCCCAUAGUGGUCCACUGCAGUGCUGGUGCCGGGAGGACUGGCUGCUUCAUCGCCAUCGACACCAUGCUUGACAUGGCCGAGAAUGAAGGCGUGGUGGACAUCUUCAACUGCGUGCGUGAGCUCCGGGCCCAGAGGGUCAACCUGGUGCAGACGGAGGAGCAGUAUGUGUUUGUGCACGACGCCAUCCUGGAAGCGUGUCUCUGCGGCAACACGGCCAUCCCGGUAUGCGAGUUCCGCUCUCUCUACUACAAUAUCAGCAGGCUGGACCCCCAGACCAACUCCAGCCAAAUCAAAGACGAAUUUCAGACCCUCAACAUCGUGACUCCUCGCGUCCGGCCUGAGGACUGCAGCAUCGGUCUCCUGCCACGGAACCAUGAUAAGAAUCGGAGCAUGGAUGUCCUGCCUCUGGACCGCUGCCUGCCCUUCCUCAUCUCGGUGGAUGGAGAAUCGAGCAACUACAUCAAUGCGGCACUGAUGGAUAGCCACAAGCAGCCUGCCGCGUUCGUGGUCACACAACACCCUCUACCCAACACCGUGGCGGACUUCUGGAGGCUGGUGUUCGAUUAUAACUGCUCCUCUGUGGUGAUGCUGAAUGAGCUGGACACUGCCCAGCUCUGUAUGCAGUACUGGCCUGAGAAGACCUCGGGGUGCUACGGGCCCAUCCAGGUGGAAUUCGUCUCCGCAGACAUCGAUGAGGACAUCAUCCACAGAAUAUUCCGCAUCUGUAACAUGGCUCGGCCACAGGAUGGAUAUCGUAUAGUCCAGCACCUCCAGUACAUUGGCUGGCCUGCCUACCGGGACACACCCCCCUCCAAGCGCUCUCUGCUCAAAGUGGUCCGACGGCUGGAGAAGUGGCAGGAGCAGUACGAUGGGAGGGAGGGACGCACUGUGGUCCACUGCCUAAAUGGGGGAGGCCGCAGCGGAACCUUCUGUGCUGUCUGCAGCGUGUGUGAGAUGAUCCAGCAGCAAAACAUCAUCGAUGUGUUCCACAUCGUGAAAACAUUACGUAACAACAAGUCCAACAUGGUGGAGACCCUGGAACAGUAUAAAUUUGUAUACGAGGUGGCACUGGAAUAUUUAAGCUCCUUUUAGCCCAAUGGCGUGGAGAACCUGCCGGAGUCCAGAGGCUGCUGCAGCCAACCCCCUUUUCUGUGAACGGCAGCAACUGGGCUCAGGGGCUAAGCGGUGGCGCCCUGCCCAACUCCAGGAGAAGACUGGUGGGCCUGUGGUCCACGGUGGGCUCUGUACCUUCGGAGGAGUCUCCAGUUGCUGUGGAGGACGCCGCCCUGAAAGGCCCAGGCUUCUUUUCCAACCUCAGGCACGGGCCCAUACAGAAGUGCACCUGUAUAGCAAGGCCCGGAUUUUUCAGUGCCCAGACCUCUUCCUUUUGCUCUUUUCAGGUUUGUGAAUCUCGAGGCAAGCUGACUGUGUGGGUAUAGGGGAGUGACAGGCCUGGCAGCACGUCCUCUGCCCUCCGUCCUCUGGGCGGUGGGGGGAUGUGUGCUUUCCUCCUCCACGGGGUCGUGAAUAUGACCGGGCUCUGCUGCCGUCUCCUUCAGGGACCUCUGGAUCACUGGGACUUCAGGAUGCUCCCGAGACCACAGCAGAGGCCCCCAUCCUCCCAACUAACCUGCAUGGGGCUUGGCCCACCACCAUUGUGUACUCGUCCCCCAGCCCAGGCCUUGACCUUCUGUCGUUCACUGGCCAGUCCGCCGUGUCCGCGGCAGUCCUGGACAAAGGUCUGCUUUGCGUUUCUGUGGUCAGUGCGGUGGGGCAGAACUGCAGGGGACUUUGCUGCUGCUCCUUGUGUCUGUGAAGAAGGACUGCCUCCCUGGGGCACGGCUCUGGCUGACCCUGUGUGUCUUGGGCGGUGGCUCCUUUGGGAGGGGUGAACAAGUUAAGAUUUGAUGAUUUUCCAAAGUGUACGUGUAAAGAAACUUUCUUUUGGAGGGUGUAAAAUCUUCCUUAGUCUCAUAUCAAAAAAAGGUGGGAGGGACGUUUGGUUGUGUAGCUAUAAGACAAAUCUCUGGGGCCUGUUAUCUCUCCUGGAAAUGUCCUCAAAAGGUCCCAGCCAGGGACAGCACAGCCACUGAGCAAGGGAGAGAUAGUCUGAAGGGCUAGUCUGAAGACAGUCCCUUUUGGCCUUUGGGGCAGACAGAGUACCGGCAUAACCUCGGAUCUCCAAAUUUGAACACCUUCCUAGAGAAACUCAGCUGCCAUCUUAGAAAAGAGUCAUCAUGGACCCAGCUAUACUUUGGUUUAAAAUAGGACAAGGGGAUCGGACCUGGGGAACCUAGACUCUUGCCCAAAGUAUGGGUCAGUCAGUGACUGACAGGGGCGCCAGCACUGGCUAAGUAUCUCUCAUAUGCCAGGCUUGGCAACUUCUUGGAACCCACCCCCGCCCUCCCUGAGAGAGCUAUUCACCUGUUAUCCUUAUUUUACAACCGAAGACACUGAGGCGUCUUCCUCAGUCAUGAUGUUCUGGUUUCCAAAAGGCAGGUAAUAGUGAUGAGACUUCUUUGUAACAUUUUCUUCAUCCUUUUCUCAGCCAAGCAAUUAUUAUAUGGACGGAAAAUAAGGCCAGAAAUUUCUGAGCAGCGAACUCCACAAAUGGGAAUUUAAUUCUUUCCUAUGCCAAUUUUUCUGGGAAGCUCAGAAUUUCAGAUAUAUUUCAGCAGCUCAUUCCCAGCUCCCCAGGAAAGCUAGUCCCAUCUCCUCUCUUAGCCAGUGAAAACAAUUCCCUGUGCCCUCAGGCGGUGAGGUCUGCCAGCCAGGGACACUCUACCUUGGUCUCUAGCUGGUGCUUUGGUACAGUACCUGGCAGCUCCCCGGGUGGCCUGGGAUCCAGGAAGCUUCAUCUUGAAGGCUGGUCUAGCUCCAGAGCGGCCAUGAGAAGCAUAGAAUUCAAUAAGGCACAGUGUUCUCCCUAAAGAACUUACUGUAUCCUGGGAAAACUGAACCACAGCGCAAAGUGUUACACGAGCCUCACAGCAAGAGAGAUUCAGCGUAGAGCUUUCUAGAGGAGGUGACAUCCAUUCCACUGGGUAGAAAAAGGAAGAAAAGGAAACUCAGGCCAAGGUAUCAGCAUAUGCAAAGACAAAGAGGUGUGCAGGAUCCUUGGGGGGGGGGGGGCGGGGGGGGGGUGCGGUGAGAUGGCAGAUCAGCUCAACUAGAGCAGAACAUGGCAGGAGGACAGCCAGGGUCAGGGGGCAAAUGCUCCACCAGCAGGGCAGACUUGGCCCCUGCGGGCAAGCAGGACGCAGUGGAGCUUUGAGUGAUGCGCUCAGCUCAGUGCUAGAGGAGGCUCCCUCUGGGGCCAGUGGGGCUGCCUCUUUCCUUUCAUCAGACACUGUGAAAAUGGUCCCUUAAGCGUAUACUUUUUAAUAUCACAUCUAUUUGUCUGUCUGCUCAUUAUUUUGUUGCUGGAUCAGGAGACGCAGCUUCUGUGAGAAACUCAGGGUCUCUGCUCUGCCACGAAGCAGGGUGACCAAGCCAGACCCCUGGGCCCAUGAGGACGGGACAUGGAAGGAGCCCACAGAAGCUGUUGCCGUCAGCAUGGGCUCUGGAACUGUCUGGAAGUCCAGGGACACCAGACUCGAUCAAGGAAGGGCUGUCACUUCGGAGGUUCAAAAGGAAGCAUCUCAAAGCAAAAGAAGGCGGAGGAGCCCCACCAUGAACUUGCUCUUCCCCUUUCAUGGUCCCUUUUCCUGGUCCCCAGGCCCUGGCCCCCUGCUGGCCUCCCCUGGCUCUAGUCUCGGCCUUCAAGGAGCCUGUGACAUAGCAGAUCAGCCAGCUAUAUGCUCCUCUCUCAGAUCUGGGCUCAUCCGUACAGAAUGGGGGCUGGGAGAGGGUUGUGCUCUCUAACAAACACAAAGAAACCCUAGGAUUUACUCUGCUCAGGAGGGGGCAGAAUAGCUGGCAGAUGAAAAUGACAGUGGCGUCUAUCAUUUCAGAUGGUAGGAAUUUAGAGUGUGACUUUGGGGAGAAGGAAUUUAGAAUGAAAACUCGGGCCGUGCUGGGUAACCCAACAAGGGCCAGUGAUGGUUCCCCCAGCUCAGCACCCCUGGCCCCCGUCACUUCCUCACAACCCAACCGCCCUCCGGAGGAUGCAGGGCAGUGAACAGUCUCCGGCCAGUUUACACUGGAAGACACUGAGGCUCGCGGAUGGGGAUGCUUCCCCCAAGAUCCCACGUGGCAAGAAUGCGGCAGGACGUGGAUGAGACGGGGCGCCUGUGCCCGGGAAUUUGGACUUGAUCCCAGGAAAGCUCAUGGGCAAACAGCACCUCCCCCGGGGUACUCUACACUUACGGGGCAGGCUCACCGUUCACGACGCAGAGGGAAGUGGAACUCAUGGUCUCUGGGUCUCCAUGACGGGGGCCAGCCUCCUGUCUCUGGGCUGCCCAAGAGAGUCCCCUCACUUAGCACAAAGCCUCAUGGCUCUCACCUCCUAGACGUGGACCCUGUUUGGAGGAGAGGCAAGGAAUUAACGAGAAGCCAGGUACUGUCCCCACCUGACUGCACGUCUGGCCUAGACAUCUUCGGGAUGUAUCCUAGCUGCAUCCUAACACGUCGUCCUCUCCUCCUUUCUGGUACGAAGGUCCUGGGGCCGGGGGGCUCUGAGCCUCUAGAUGGCUACAGCACGCCUCCCGUUGUGGGAGCAGAAGGGGUCAGAUUGCUUUUACACUGUCUCUGGAUGUAGCCCGGGCAGUGGCCUGCCUGCCAGAUGUCAGCCUUCCCGUGCAAGCAGCAGACCCUGUGCUGGAGACUGUAAACGUGAGCUCACCGAAUUCUUCCAGCGUUCCUAAGAAGUGCUUCUAAUUGUCACCAUUUUAUACAUGAGGAGACUGAGGUUCAGAGGAGUGAAGUCGUUGGCCCACAGUUCCACCACAGCUAGUAAAGGAGGGAGCCAGGAUUUAAACUGGUUCUUUUGACUUCAAAGACAAUAUUUUCCCAUGUCUCAGAUUUUCCCAUGGUGGGGGGGCUACCCAUAGCAGCAAAGACUAGAGUGAAACAGGCCCAAUGGAUCUUGUAAAGCCCAAAGCAGACAAUGGUCAGCUUAAAAUUCCUUCAGUUUCAUGUCUAGCAAUUCACAUAAUAUUUGCAUUCUUCUCUAAUUUAGCCUGAUUUGUUUUCAUAGAAGUGCAUAAAUAUUUUUUUAACCACAUGUGCUCUGGUCCCUCAUGUGGCUUUGAUCCCUUCAACUCACUACGAUGGACCCUAGGGAAUUACAGCCCAGUCUAGGAGGCACAAUGCCUGGCCAUGCUGCUUCCUCCUGCGGCCAAUUCUAGACUCAAGUGCAGCCCACCUUCCCCUUAGCAGAUCCUAUGGUAUGGGGGUACCCUGACCUCACUGUUCAUGGGUUGAUCUCAACUCAAGUCUUCUUAAGUUGGAUACUGGAAAAAAGCCAUUGAAAUCUACUAGAAUUACAAGGACAUGCCCAUCUGGAGUGGCGACGGCUGAGCGCAUAAAACCCUAAAGGGAAAGGAGGUGAUGAACACAGCCUUACUCAGCAGAUUGCUGAAUGCUGGGGCCUCUACAAGGUGGUGCCCUUAGUCUAGGUAGAGUCAUACGGUUGCUAAUGUGGGCCAAUCUGAGGACACUUCACGUGAGGGGCUGGGGGCUGGAAGCCUCGUCACUUUACUGCAACCCCACAUACUCACUGGGUUCUUACAACACGCAGGGCCCUGGGGGGGCUGCCAUCAGGAAGCUCAGUUUACUAUGGCACAGCCCAUCCCUUGCUGAGACAUGGGGUUGUGAUAGGAAGGACUCAGUCUUUGGUUCUAAUUCAGCCCAGCCAUUUCUUGGCUGUAGAAUGUUGGGCCAACCAACCAAUUAGUGGGAAAAGAUGUAGAAAGAGGAGCCUCGGCCAGGUAGAAGGGGUAAGUAGAUCUGGAGAGCUUUGGGUAGGAAAACAGGAAGGCAAAGCCAAGUUAGGACCCGAUAGGACUCCUCAGAACCAAGGUUGCAUACAGUCUGCUGGGCAAAGUGGUCACUUCUGUGACACAGUAGGAUGGGGGAUGGAGAGGGACUGGCCAGAACCACCUGGAACAAAGGUGCUGCUUUAGAAUGCGUCUCAGUAUCUUGGAGAAAAGAUGAUAAUCUUUCCCUCUGACCAAUCAUGUUUAUCCAUCAUCGGUUCCCCGUUGGAAGCUAGCUCCUGGUGUGUAGCCUCACCAUGCUCCACGUUUCCUCAGUUCUGGUGUGAAUUCCUGGUGUGUGUCCUCACUGCGGUCCACACAGUUGUGGUGUGAAUCCCUGUUGUGUGCACAGAGGUGUUCAGUCUAGCAAGGAUGCUGCAGACAGAAGUGAGGCCCAGGGAGGAGCAAACAGAUGCUCAUCAUGUCAUCUUUGCAGGAGUAACUGCCCAGCCCAGAUCCAGGGACACUGAAGGAGAGGGCAGCUCCCCUGUACCUCACAGGGGAUGAAGAAAACCCCCUUCACUUAGCCUGCAUCUGGCCUCUCCUGGGCUGGACAGAGAGGCCAUCAGCACCAAGUUGAGUCAGGAGUAAUGCCAUGGAAAAAACGGGUGAGCCUGUCGGUAAGAUGACCACGAUGCUAAUUCUAAACCAUAAGGCCAACACAUUGUGCUGGGCCGGGAUCCUGGGGGACAGGUGGUCAACCCAAGCUGCAGGGCAGAAGAUGAGACAUGAGUCACAUGGUGGCCAUGCAUCUCCAAGCCCUGACUUGCCUUCCCCGUCAUCUAACUAGUCUGAGCUCCUUCUCAGCCCAUGAUGCCAGCUUCAAAUCACAGCCAAAUAAAACAGGGAAAUAAGUAAUGUGAACCCAGCAUAGAGGGAACCAGCUGAGACUCAGCCUUGUUCCUAUAUCCCCAUGCAAGGGUUCCGUGUUGGAGGUUUUCAACAGAGACGUGCCUAGCAGUGAUAAAAUGCAAGGCCUUGGCUUCCAUCUAACCAGGAUCCGCCUUUGAGGUCAUACACUGAACAGCAAGGAGAGAAGUCAGUGGCAGAGAGUGGUGGAGGCUCCAGUUUUCCAGAGUCAUGGGUAUGAUCCUCAGAAGCACAGAGAGAUGUCUAAGCCAUACUUAUGCACGUGAACAGACUCUCUUCUGGUUUACUGGUAGCCAGACAUAGACUUUUGCGUCACACUGGCUGGCUGUACAACACUCUUGUAGGUACCAAGACCAUCUCUUGCAUCCCUCCUGCCUGCCUCCAGAAGAGGUGGAAAAGGGUCAUCAAAGAGGCCACAUUCACCCCCUCAAGUCCACCCAAGAAUGUUAGGUCCCAAGAGGCGGGGUCAGCACCCAUAACGGUAGACCCCAGGCUUAGCAUCCUAGUUAUGCUAAGAGGUUGGGCUAGUCACUGCCAUUGACACAAAGAUGUAGGACUCAGCAUGGGCAUACUAUAGAGUAAAGCUGCUGAGGCAGGGUUACCAUGGAGCUUCCGUAGGUGUCUGAGAGCCGCUCUGAGCAGUGGGAUUUGGACCCUGAUCCCUGGUUGAAAUGUUCAGAGAAUGAGGGUCUGUGGUCCUUAGAGUGUUGGUCAGGAAGGUAUUGGUACGAAAGCCUGGAGCUCAGGGUAAUUAUUAUACUUUAUGGUUCCUUGGUGAGUGGGAUGCUUAGAUUUGGGAGAGGAAAGGGAUUACGAAGCAACCUGCCAAAACCGCAAAGUUGAGUUCCUGUACACAUACUUCUGUGCCUUUGGGCUUAUGAAUACAAAGCAGUGGACCCCCUUCGUGAUGGUCCAACAAACUCUCAGUGCCCACCGUGCACCUGUCUCUCCCAUGGAAGAUUAAUGAUGUAGGCUGUUCUUUGGACCAAAGCCUCCAGGGCAGUCUGGAGGCUCAGAGGGCCAAGGGGUGACAUCCCAGGUCAGAUCAGACUUCUGAAGAGUUACGCAGAAUACCAGUGCCCAUAUCCUCCAUAGGCCUGCAGAUCGUUAGAUAAAUUAAAGUACAGUUUGCUAGUCCCGGAUCACUCCUAUGAGCGGAACGAGGACCAAUGGGUGAAACGUCAUAGCUGUAAGAGAGAACUUGCUAUCUGCCAGAGAUGAGUUCUGUCUCAGCAGCUGUUCAGCAAGAGCCAGGCAUCUCUUUAAAGGGAAGAACGAGCUUUGCUGAGAGGGCCUUUAAGUUUCUUCCACCCUAGAUGAAUGUAUUACGGAGCCGGGACCUUGUCUGAACGCCUUCCUUCCUGCAGAGCACAGAGCCGAGCAGGUUGGGCUUGGUGUGUGCUGGUUGAAGCCCCUACUCUCCUGCUGCCCCAGCACCACGCAGGCUAAGAUGCUGCUCUAGCCACGCAUCAAAGGCUCAUGCAGGCUGGUUAUCACCAAACAGCCCAGAGAGAGCAGCUGCUUUGCCACAGAACCCAGGCCCACCAAGAUCUGUGAUGAGACCAGUCAUAAUUUCGAUCCGCUGGCCAACAGGGCCAUCAGUGACCGCCGGAAUCAGUAAAGGUCCAAGUAGGACCCAGAGUGGGGUUUUGCUUCCCAUACACAUUAACUCCAGAGGCGAAUUCUACCCCUCCCCUCCGCAGUCGAGGCCUGUUAGAGCAAAUUGCAAAAGCACAAGCACAGUGACUCGGUUGACAUGUGAUCAUAGUCAUCCCCGGUACAUCCGUUUCAUUGCCAGGUAGAUCCUGAACUCGCCCAGGCUAAUCCAGGCUCACCCAUAUUGGCAAUCAGACUCAAAAGCACUUUCCUACCUUCUCUUUCCACCCUACAUCUUACCAGCCAAUGAAAGGCAAAGAGUUGGGGUUUCUACCAUUGCCUUGGCCACUGGACACCAUCAUAGCCGCAUAAGGGCCAUCACGGGGUUCCCAUCAACUCCAGGGAGACUGACAUUUUCACGUCCACUGGGCAUAUGAUACUGCACGAGACCAAAGUCUCCACACUGUUAGCAGCCUCCUCCACGAGUCCCAAUGGCCUGCACUUGUACAGUUUGGGUGUUUGAUACAUAAGGCACGUAUGAGAAGAGAAAACAAAAUAAAUCAACUUUUUAAAAAAGCCAGCACUGUGCUGUCAAUGUUCUUUUUUUUUUUUUUUUUCCUUUCCAAUUCUAGCUUCAAAAAGCAGAAGGUAAAUAAUGUCAGGUCAAUGAAUAUCAGAUAUAUUUUUUGACUGUACAUUACAGUGAAGUGUAAUCUUUUUACACCUGCAAGUCCAUCUUAUUUAUUCUUGUAAAUGUUCCCUGACAAUGUUUGUAAUAUGGCUGUGUUAAAAAUCUAUACAAUAAAGCUGUGACCCUGAGA